GGAGGCCAAAUUCAAGGCUGCGCUUUUUAUUUGCAUCCCUGAGAGAAAAGUCUAGACGCCCAAGAGAACUACGCUGCCAGACCGCCUCCAAAGAAAAUCUAGCGCAGGCGGGAAGAUGAACGAAUUUGCUGUCCUCCACACGGGCCGCAAGAUGCCCCUCAUUGGACUGGGCACCUGGAAGAGCUCGCCGGGACAGGUGAAAGAGGUGGUCAAGUGCGCCCUGGAGGCAGGCUACCGCCACAUUGACUGCGCUGCCGUCUACGGCAACGAGGCCGAGAUUGGACAAGCGUUCGCCGAGAGCUUUGCACAGCCCCAUGGCGUGCGGCGGGAGGACGUCUUUGUCACGUCCAAAUUGUGGAACACGUGCCACCACCCCGAGGACGUGGAGCCCGCCCUUCAGCGAACACUGCGCGACCUUCGACUUGACUACUUGGACCUCUACCUCAUCCACUGGCCCAUGGCCUUCCGGCGCGGGGAGGAGGCGUUCCCCAAGGCGGGCAGUGGCUCGCUGCUGUACGACGUGGUGGACUACCGCGCCACUUGGGGCGCCAUGGAGCAGCUGCUCCGCAAAGGCCUGCUGCGUCACAUCGGCCUGUCCAACUUCAACAAGCGACAGCUGGACCACGUGCUGGCUGCCGCCCACGUCAAGCCCGCCGUCGUGCAGGUGGAGAGCCACCCGUACCUGGCGCAGACAGAGUUGCUGGCGCACUGUCGGUUGCUGGGCGCGGUAAUGACAGCCUACAGCCCGCUGGGUUCCCCCGACCGUGCCUGGAAGCGCCCCGACGAGCUCACACUCAUGGACGAGCCCGUCCUGGCCACCCUGGCUGCAAAGUACUGCAAGUCGCCCGCUCAGAUCCUGCUCAGGUGGCAGACGCAACGCGGCGUCGUGGCCGUUCCCAAGAGCGUCACGCCCUCACGCAUCCGAGAGAACUUGCAAGUGUUUGACUUCACCUUGUCAGAGGAGGAGAUGACCAGCCUGGCGGCGCUCAACAAGAACUGCCGUUACAUCCUACCCGUCAUUGAAGUGGACGGGAAGCUGGUCCCCCGGGACGCAGGGCAUCCCCAUUACCCCUUCAGCGACCCCUACUGACAGCAUGAGGCACGUGCUUUCAUCGAGUUGCGCCUCAAACAAAACUUUUUUUUUUUU